AUGAGUGGCGCAGGGCCACCCAUUUCCACGCCGACAAAUGGGGGUCAAGCAAGCCCUGUGGUACUCUCGGCCCCCGGGCCCAGCCCCUACAUCACCCCUCCAUUCUCGGCAUCUUCCACCUCACCCACCACGCCCGCCAUAUGUGGCCUCCCAAGCCCCGAAGAUGUCCGCCAACUUCUGGGCCCGCCCAAGCAGACCGCCCUCCCGUUCAACAACGUCAACCAAGCGGUGAACCCGGCGGCGCAAUCAGUCUCGAAGUCGGAGGAGGAACAGGCCCUCCAGAAGAACUGGCCCAUGUUCCCUCGUGGACCGCUGAGGGACUACCUGGAUGGGUUUGUGCGGAUGCACAAUCGACCCCCGGGCAUCGAGGGUCUUAGGCUUGUGGGUGUAUGCAUCGAACUGGGAGGUUUCGGCCACUCAAGUCUCAGUAGAGUGUCAGUUGAUGGACUGGUGGUUGUCUUUAUUCUUCUUCUUGAGAGAGAGAGUAUUGCUGCACUAAUUGGCUUUUAA